AACUUGCUACAGGAACGAGGUAGAUCAUCGAAUGCCAGUAGAAGGGUAUUGCAGGAUUUCUUUAGAGUUCCUUGGUUGUUAGAGGGGUGGGCUGCAGCAUAAUUUCACUGUAGGAAUACCCCAGUGGUGGCUGUUGCUUCCAUUCUGCCCUCCCAUCAAUACAUCAGCCCUGAGAGAAGAAAAAGAGGAAUUCUUUGAUCUUCGUCGCCGUAUAGCGUAAACCGAGCCUCACUAACAAGGAGCAUUUGCAGCGGAGACCAGACCACAUCCUUCUGCACUGCUGGCCAGCCUGGCUAUCUAGCCGAAGAAGGCGUGCACACUCGCCCCUUGAGGGAAGUCAGCAAUGGGCUCUUCUUUCCUGCUCGCCUUCCAGAUGACCUCCCUCUUCACGGUGGUCUGGACAGAUGUUCACUACGCCCAUUACCACAUCCUUUCUCCGGAGGCAGCUGUUGGGGUGCCCAAAAUACAUACCCAGGUCAAGGUGAAUGGACUCUUGCUGAUGGCUCAUGACCAUCGCAUCAACCAGCUGACCCCCAGGAAUGGAUACCCCAAGAUACUGAUGGGGGACUCCACCUUCUGGCAUGUGAUGGAUGCCCAAUGCCACCACUGGGAGAACUGGGCUGAAGACAUCUUCAGGAACCUGGUGCAGGAGGUGAACUCCACCUUGCCACAUUCAGACCUCUAUUACAUGCAGGUCCUCCACAUCUGCGAACUGGACGAAGACACCGGAGGGUUCCGGCACCUGAGCCGCUACUCGCUCAAUGGGGAGGACAUGCUAUACUACCAGGGCGGGACGAAGCGAUGGCUGCCCUCCCAUCCAGCAGCUGCGGCCAUCGCAGAGACCUGGAACCGGGAGAGGGACAAGGUGGUCGGCCUGGACACUUACACCAUUCAGAGUUGCAAGGCUCACAUGCACCGGACAGCGCCAUUCGCCACAAGCAAGAUGGAUCGGCCCAUGGUAACUGUAUAUUCCAGGAAAAGGAAACAGGGAAAACGGCACCUCAUCUGCCACGUUGCCGACUUUUACCCCCGAGACAUUGAUGUGCAAUGGGAACGGAAAGGUCAGGCUGUCAAAGAAGAAGCGGUGACCAGUGUUGGAAUCCUUCCCAACAAGGACCAUACUUUCCAAACCCGGCUUCAGAUAUUGCUUGAAGAACCAGGGAUUGGCCCUGAUGAAUACAAGUGUGUGGUCCGGCAUGCCAGCCUGGGGGAGAUGCCCCUGAGGGUGCCGUGGGGGUCUGAACGAAGAGUUUCCUUGCUGCCUGUGAUAUUUGCUCUCCCUCCUCUGGCAAUAUUGGCAUCCGCUGCUGCUCUCUCUUAUCUCAGGAAAAAGAAAAGCCAGCCGAGCAAAAAGGAACCUUCAAUAUACUGACACCCAUGCCCUUGACCACCGGAAGGUCUCCUGAAUUCUUAUUGGGUGUUGCUCACAUAUCUGCACUUGUACUUACAUAGGCCAUAAGGAAUAGAAGCUUUUCUUACAUUUUUGCAUUUAAAAACCCUGCUAUUCUCAGCUUGAACGCCAGGUUCUCUAAAUACUUUUUAUGUAAGAAGUCCGCUCUGCUCAUGCUGAAAUCAAAUGUAAGAAGACAGCGUGCAAGAAGACCUAGGUUCUGUCUAGUCCAGCCAUGUGUGCCCAACGACAGUGAGCUAGAAGCUUCCUGGAAGCUCACGAGAAGAACGCGAAUGCAACAGCCCUCCCCUACAGCUCACAUUCAGUGGUAUGCGGCCUCUGUACAUGGAGACUGGGCACAAUUUAAGAUUAGUAAGGAGCAAAGAAAUAAAGGGGGGGGGGAAUUAGUGAUUUCUGCUGAGUCCCCUUUUCCACUCUGCCCCUUAUGCUAUUCCUGUGAAUUUGCUGUGCUCGCAGAGGAAAAAAAUCAGGGGUCUCAGGGGGCUGCAGUGAGAAGGGGAGAGGAGAAAGCCCAGUUCCAGGAGGUCCAUCCCAUAAACAGAUCUUGUUGGAGAUAAGCUAUUGUCUUGUUGCCUUUAUAUAUUUGUGUUUGAUUGACACUUGGACCAUCUUGUUUUAGAUUAUGUAUAUAAUUUUUAAAAACUCAAGGUCUGGUCUUUUAUGCCACGCGUAUGAUAUUUCAAUCAAUGGCUCCGUGCAUUAAUAAAAUGACCUGACUUCCAAACAGAUGCAGCUGAAAAUCUUUCUAUACCUGCUUUGAUUGCAUUGAAGGGACCCAAUGGGUUGCAUUCCAUCAAGCCAAAGGAGACCAAAGCAGAGCGAUGGCAAUAAUUAAGGCAGUGGACAGAAAAGAGCUUGAAAGUGGCCAGCCAGGCAGCCUGAUAAAGGUCAUAGCGAAAUAACAACACACAUUUCUAAGAUUGAAGAAGGGGGGUUGUUACAGAAACAGAUUGCUGAAGCACCAGCUGGGUUUAAAAGUGAGUAUUAAGUGCCAGACAUUCUGUGCUUAGUGGUUUAAGACAUAUUUCCAUCAGAUGAAUAAACAGGCUUUUUCCUAAAUGUGAAUCAA